UCUUGUAUAUUGAUGACUCAAGUCCCAACUGAUAUUGAUGGCCAGGGAGAGAAUGAUAUUGCUGAUUUCCUUAAUUCUACCAUGGACUCUUUCGUCUACACUGUUGAUGAUAAUUUUGAAACUAUAUUGCCUUCGUCAAAGUACUUUACUAUUGACAAAUUUAAAAAUGGCUUUGUUAAUGACAAUUCAUUUUCAUUGUUUCAUAUGAAUAUUCGUAGUAUUAAUAAAAACUUUGAUCACUUGAACAUUUUAUUGCAAGAACUGGCUACCAAAUUUUCAGUUGUAGGCCUCUCUGAAACAUGGCUCUCAGAUAAUAGUAACCUUUAUUCUCUUCCUGGCUAUCACAACCCCAUCGUCAACUGCAGGCAGAACAAAACUGGAGGUGGAGUAGCAUUGUUUAUCUCCUCAACCUUAGAAUAUCAUCUUACACCUGAUCUGAAUGUAAUGAAUCAGUCCCUUGAAACAGUUUUUGUGGAAGUGGUUAUCCCUGGUCAAAGUAAUUUUAUUGUUGGUGUUGUUUAUAGACCACCCCAAAGUAGUGUUGAGAAUUUUACAGAUGAGCUACAAGAUCUGCUGUCAAAUCCUGUACUUCAUAGCAAGAGGGUUUGCUUGUUAGGUGAUUUCAAUAUAAACCUUUUGCAGUAUGGUUCUAAUGCUUCAGUGAAUGGUUUUUUAGAUGCUCUUGCUUCUUUUAAUCUUGUCCCGCUUAUCAAUAGACCUACGCGUGUAACUGAAAAUACUUCAACAUUAAUAGACAACAUUUUCUCUGUAGGUCAACUGUCAAUAAAAUCAUCGAUCCUAAUUUCUGAUAUUUCAGAUCACUUUCCAGUAAUUGCUUCUUUUCCAUUAAGUAUCAGAAACUCAAGGAAUAUUAAUGAAAAUAGUUUUUCUCGUAAUUUUGGCUUCGAAAAUAUGCAAAGGUUCAAGUGUGAUUUAAAUGCAACCGAUUGGAGUGUUGUCUUACAUGAGUCUGACGUUGAAAAAGCUUACUGUAAAUUUCUUGAAUUGGUAACAGCUCUAUAUGAAAAGAAUUUCCCUCUCCUAAGCAAGAAACAAAAAGAUAGAAGAAAAUAUCCUCAGAUGCCUUGGGUAUCCAAAUCUUUAUUGAAAUGUAUCAACAAGAAAAAUAAACUAUUUUGUAAGUUUAAACUAAGAAGAACAUUAGGAGCAAAGCAAAAAUACUCUUGCUAUAGGAAUAUUUUAACAUCUGUACUACGAGACGCUAAAAAAUCAUAUUAUGAUGAAAAGUUUAAGUCAGUCUUCAAAGAUAUGAAGGGAACCUGGAAAGUUAUAAGACAAACGCUAAAUUCAAAACAAAAGAGUCAGGGUCCCUCUAAACUUUUAGUAGAUGGGGUUUUGACUGAAGAUCAUGUACAAAUGAGUAACGCUUGUAAUCAAUUCUUUUCAUCAAUAGGAAAUCAUUUGUCAUCUAGUCUUCCCGCUAGUCAAAAACUUUUCCAUGAUUACCUUGGUAGUCGACUUCCCUGUUCAUGUUUCUUUACUCCUGUCGUUGAAAAGGAAGUGAUUGACAUUGUUCAUAAUUUGAAAACAAAUAAGGCUGCUGGGUAUGAUGGACUAUCUAACAAGCUUAUUAAAGAAGUCAUUGAUGUUAUUGUUUCUCCUAUUACCCAUAUAUUCAAUUUAUCUAUUGUACAUGGAAUCGUUCCUUUGAGUAUGAAGAUAGCCAAAGUUGUGCCGAUUUACAAAAAGGGAAUUCCUCAGGAAAUUCUUAUAGUUUGGGUCUCAUAG